AUGAAGAACCGUUAUCUCAGUUGCCCCUGGAACACCUCCCUUAGCGAGUGGUACAAGAGGUGGUUCUACAUGAGGGAAGAGCUGGGCAGCGCCACGUUCUGCGACGUCGGCUACAUCCCCGAGAAGAGGAUAGGAGAUAUUGACAGGUCUACGGUGUAUGUGUCGCUGGCACCCAGUAUGGACCAUCCGACUGGGGUGGAUCCGCCGGCAGACAAUGCUGCUCGGUGUUACCAAUACACCAGCAGCGACGAGGAUCAGAGCCGUCUAGCGCCGACCACCGAUGACAGAGUGGUCGGGAAGAGGCCGAUGGCUGUAGAGCCAUCUUCCGCAGAAGCGGAUGUUGAUCCUGGCAAUGUUGCGGGCUCGAGGACAACCGAGCCUGCGGCUGCCGAUCAUAAUUCCGCCGAGCAGACUGCCCUAGAGCAGCCCGUGGAGCAGCCCGCCGUUGUGGCUGCAACGGUGGUGGCCGACAAGAACCCGGCCCCAGACGAGACCAGGGCGAGCACCCCGACAAGGGGCGAUGAGACCGUGGGAACUCCUCCCCGAGCAGUGCGGCUGGGGAGGAAGACAAAGCUCCAUCCCCUACUCCUGAUGAAGAAGCGUGGGGACCACUGGGCCGGCCACGAGGAGAUCGCUGAGACCGAUGAGGCGGAGAGGGUAGAGCGUGCUGCCAAGCGGCUCGUUAAUGAAGUCAAGGGCGUGGUCGCCGAGAAUAGGGCCCUGACCACAAAGGUGGACCGUCUUUGGUCAGAAGGUGAGAAGGAGACAGCCAAAAAGGCAGCUCAGGAAGAGCGUCUGCUGGACCUGACUCGGCGACUAGUCGAUAAGGACCGUGAUAGGAAGGGUCUGGAGGAAGAGAUCGAGCGCCUCCAGAAGGAGAGAGACCAGCUCGGCCAGGAGCAUGCCCGUGCGCUAGAAGGCGAGCGCAAGGUCGGCGAGGAGCUCAAGACUAGGAAUCAGGAGCUGACUGUGCUUAAGGCCAACACUAAGAAGCACCUUGAGGAGCUGGUCAAAGAACGAGACUCUUGGAAGACGAACUGUAUCAAGCUCUAG